CUUUAAACCACUGCACCGAGGGACUUGUCUACAUGCUCAGCGGUGCCUGCACGCGCACCACCUUGACGCUCUCACGAGCGCGCGCCUCUCGCUGCGCCUUUCCGACACCGAACAAGGUUCACCUCAACCUCGUGUUCGACAAGAAGAGCUGCAAUACCAUGGGCAACCGCGAGUCCAAGCUCAGGGCGCACGGCCAGAAGCGUGCAACACCCACGACCGCAGGCGUGGGCGAGUGGGAGAGCCCCAUCACCAGCGCCUUCAUCACAGAGAAGGCUGUGCGGCUGGGUGCGGUGGCGGUGCGGCCGCAUGACGGGGCGGUGACGUGGCUGGAGGGGCGGCCGGAGGAGGGCGGGCGGCAGGUGCUGGUGAUCAGGACCGGGGACGGCGAAGUGCACGACGUGACUCCGGGUGUUGACACGGGUUUCAACGUACGCACCACCGUGCACGAGUACGGCGGCGGCGAGUACACACUGGCCGGCAGCACCGUGUACUUCACAAACUUCAAGGACCAGGCGCUGUACAGUCAGGACGUGUCAAACCCCAAGGCCCCCGGAGCCCCCGUGCUCGUCACCCCCGGCUCCGAGGCACGCGGCGAGCGCUUCGCCGACACAUGCAUCUGGGAGCUGCCGACGCCGGCGGCGGCCACCGCUGUCGCCGAAGCCGGCGGCGCCGCCAGCAGCGCCGCAGGCGCCGCAGCGGAGGCGAAGCCGGCGGCGGCGGCGGCGGCGGGACCAGGCCGGCGGCUGCUGGUGGCGGUGUCCGAGGUGCACCGCGACCAGACCAGCGGCGCCGAGCUGGGACCAGACCAGGUGGUCAACCGUCUGGUGGCUGUCGAUGUGGCCACCGGCGCCGUGACUCAGCUGGCGGGCGGCGCUGACUUCUACAUGUCGCCGCGUGUCAGCCCCUGCGGCACCUGGCUUGCGUGGGUGCAGUGGAACCAUCCCAACAUGCCCUGGGACCACACCAGUCUGAUGGUGGCGCCGCUGCGGCCCGAUGGCACCGCGGGCGAGCCGGUCAGGGUGCGUGGCGGCGCCAGUGCUGUGCAGCAGCCGGUGUGGUCGCCGGACGGCGCCUACCUCUACUUUGUGGAUGACGCAGCGGCUCCGGGGGCGGAUGCGGCGAAGGCCGACCCGGCAGACCCGUCCACUGGGGGCUGGUGGAACCUGUACCGCUGCCGCGUACCCGACACCGCGGCCGGUGGCAGCGGCGGCUGGGCCGCGGCGGCGGCGGCGGCUGAGGCUUUGCACCCUGCGGCUGCGGAGUUUGGCUUCCCCUCGUGGACUCUGGGCAGGAAAACCUUCCAGGUGCUGCCCGACGGCUCCGUACUGGCGCUGUACGGCGACCCCUCCGCCGCCGGCACCGCCCUGGCGCUGCUACAGCCGCCGGCUGCCGGUGCCACUGCCAAGGCGUGGAAGCUGACACGCCUGGACUCGGGCCUGACGUCCUUCGCCUCGGGCCCCGCGGUGCGUGUGGCCACCGACGCCGGCGGCGGCGGCAGGGUGACUGUGGGCGCCAUCGCCAGCGCCGCCGACCGGCAGUCCGCGGUGGUGAGCCUGACGGUGGGCUCGGCCGGCGCGCUGGCCAAGAGCCGGCCGGGCGACUGGAAGAGCCUCAAGGCCUCCAGCAGCAGCAAGAUCCCUGACGGCUACCUGUCAGUGCCCGAGGCGGUGGCCUACCCGACCCAGUUCGACGGCCAGCCCGCCACCGCGCACAUGCUCUACUACCCGCCCGUCAACAAGGACUUCGCCUACCCUGCCGGCACGCUGCCGCCGCUGCUGGUCAAGAGCCACGGCGGCCCCACCUCCGCCGCCGCCUCCGGACUCAGCCCCCUCAUCCAGUACUGGACCAGCCGCGGCUUCGCUGUGGCUGACGUGGACUACGGCGGCAGCACCGGCUACGGCACCGCCUACCGCAACCGGCUGCAGGGCCGGUGGGGGCUGGUGGACGUGCAGGACUGCGCCGCGGCGGCAGAGUGGGCGGUGUCCGCGGGCCGUGUGGACAAGGCGCGACUGACCAUCAGUGGUGGCAGCGCGGGCGGCUUUACCACCCUGGCGUGCCUGGCGUUCAGGAAGACGUUCUCCGCGGGCGUGUCGCUGUACGGCGUGGCUGACCUCAAGCUCCUGGCCGAGCACACACACAAGUUCGAGAGCAGGUACCUCGACGGGCUGCUGGGUCCCCUGCCCGCCGCCGAGGCCGUGUACGCCGCCCGCAGCCCACUGGCGCACGCGGGCGACUUCUCCGCCCCCGUGGCCUUCUUCCAGGGCGACCAGGAUAAGGUGGUGCCGCCGGAGCAGGCGGUGGUGAUGCACAAGGCACUCAAGGACCGCGGCCUGCCCACGGCGCUGGUGAUGCUGGCGGGAGAGCAACACGGUUUCCGGCAGGCCGUGAGCAUCCGCACGUCGCUGGACGGCGAGCUGUUCUUCUACGGCGCCGUGCUGGGCUUCCCCGCGUCCAUGCCGCCCGACCUACCCGACAUCCCCAUUGACAACCUGCCCAAGAAGCAGGAGCAGCAGCCGAAGCCGGAGCAGCAGAAGCAGGAGGAGGGGAAGGCGGGGGCGGCUGCGCCGGCCGCUGCGAAGGCGGCGCCCGGGGGCGCCACGAAGUGAUGAGGCGCACCCAGAGGGGCGAGUGUGUGUGCGACUGAGGUCGCGAGAAUGAUGUGAAGUCGCGAUGAGGACUGCACAUGCCGGCGUGCGCACCCGCCCGCAGUGGAGGGUGGAGGACACAAGGGGGCGCAGCACGUGGCGGGCAUUGCCACACGCAUGCAUUUUGUGUAGGCAUAUAACGACGCCGUCCACAUGUGCUGGGACGUGUGUGUCAAAACAUGUGUUGUGUCGAAACAUGUGUGCCGGAACGUGUGUCAGAACGCGUGUCUCUCGAAUGACACCGAGUAAGGAUUGUAGCGGCUGCGCACAUGUGCACGAGCGCCGGGCUACAAGAGCACCAUUUAGCAAGCAUUGUUAGUGGCAGGCGGUUGCAGUUGACCCGGCUGUCCAGUGUUCGAGAUGUAGUGACAGGCCGACAGAGAUGCCGAGAGCAAGCAGUCGGUGAUAUGCACGAAUGCCUCGUUGGGGCAGUAGGCACGAUUCAACUCGUGGGAGUGGCUGGCUGUCUUUCAAUUACAGGAGAUCCGGCAACGGGACGGCCAAAGUUGCGCAGUUGGCACUGUAACCAGAGUAGUGA